UGGGUACGCAUGCGCAGUAGUGCCGUACCGGAUCCAGGUGGAGAGGGAACAUGGCGGAGCCUGAACCACCAAAGAAGAUACCCUUGGUGCCGGAAAACUUACUGAAGAAAAGAAAGGCAUAUCAGGCCAUCAAAGCCACCCAGGCCAAGCAGGCGUUGCUGGACAAGAGAAAGCACCAGAAAGGAAAACAGAUUAAAUUCAAACGUCUGGAGACAUUUUUGCGUGACUCUCAUCGGAAGCACAGAGAUGAUGUACGUCUACGACGUAUGGAACAGAAACCUGGACUGCUGCUAAUGCCUGAGGGACACAAGCUGGCAUUUGCUGUACGGAUUGCAGAAAUUAAAGGGGUGAGUCUGCAGGUGCGACAUGUCAUACAGAGGCUACAGUUGAGAAAGAUUUACAGUGGGACGUUUGUUAAACUGUCACCAGAAUCGCUAAAAAUGCUGCGAACUGUGGAGCCUUAUGUGGCAUGGGGAUAUCCCAAUCUGAAAUCUAUCCGAGAGUUGAUCCUGAAACGAGGCCAUGCAAAGAUCAACAACAAAAAACUUGCUUUGACAGACAAUGUUCUGAUAGAGGAGCAUCUGGGAAACUAUGGUAUUAUUUGUCUGGAAGACCUUAUUCAUGAAAUUUACUCAGCUGGGAAGCACUUCCAUGAAAUCAAUAACUUUUUGUGGCCGUUCCACCUGUCUGUGGCUCGACAUGCUGCCCGUAAUAAAAUGGGGUUCCACAAAGAGAUAGGUGAUACUGGAUUUCGAGGCAAUGGGAUCAACCAGCUGAUACGUCAUUUGAACUAGAACAUGGUGGAAAGGUCUUUACAGUCUGGCGAUGUUCUGGAAGGUAUUUAUUUGUACUCUAUGAUGUACGUCUGUUCUUUGGAAACACCCAAGACUGCAGCAUGACAUCAUAUCUGUUCUCUCUCUCACAUGCUUUGAGAUGACAACAGUUGAUGAAACGACUGGAUGUCACAUGCAUUGGAAGACACCCAAUAUGCUACAAUCAAAUUAUGAUUUAUGGAUUGAGUGGAAUGUUAAGACCUAAGAAAAGAACUCUUAAAAUUUCAGUUGUGAGGCCUUUCUGCUUCUUUCCUCUCAAAUUAGUAUAUACUUGCAAAGACAUUGAAACCUUAAUGCUGUUUUUUGUGUUGAGUUGCGUUAUAUACACCUUGUUUACUAAAGUGGAAAAACCUGGCAUGAUGGUUUCUUGGUAUACAUGCUUAGAGUAAAGAUGCAUACUGUUAACAUGUUAUCAGGAGAAAGGAACCUAAUAUAACCUAAACGGGGUGGAGUGGUUGGGUCAGUGUGGCUUCAAUGCAACAGAUCUCCCUCCCCAAGUUAAUGUUUGGCCCACUGAUGCUUUAACGUCUAUCAAACUCCUUGACGGCUAGCCCACUUCUCUGAAAUAGCUCUUUUGAAGGAGGACCUUUCAGCCACUUUGGCUUCCUUCCAAGAGGAAAAAAAAAGGUGGGAAUAAUAAAUAAAAUAUGACUUAUGUAGUUUUGUAAGUAGAGAUUCUGGAAUAAAAAGAUCUACUCGUU